UUCCAUUACGUUCAGCAUCCCCACCGACCACGAUCCGCUCCGUGCUCACUUCUCUAUUCAACUAAAACAAAGGCUUGAUAGUAUACAGAACGUCCAUUCUGCAAGUCACGAUACCGCGCAAUGUCGUUUCAGCACUUUGGAAAGGGUGCCCUCCGUGUGGCCAAAAAUUAUACCAAGGGUUACUCAGACACGCAGGCAAAAGUUCGGGACGCCACAUCUAAUGAUCCAUGGGGGCCAUCGGGAACUCAGAUGAACGAGAUCGCUCAGAUGUCAUACAAUCAGAAUGACUUCGUCGAGAUCAUGGAAAUGCUUGAUAAAAGGUUGAAUGAUAAAGGCAAGAAUUGGCGACAUGUAUUCAAGUCACUCACCGUGCUGGACUACCUCCUACACGCUGGUUCCGAAAAUGUUGUCCUAUAUUUCCGCGACAAUUUAUACAUCAUAAAAACACUCAAGGAAUUCCAAUAUGUGGAUGAAGAUGGGAAAGAUUGUGGUGCCAAUGUCCGCCAGAAAGCCAAGGACAUCUCCAAUCUUCUCAGCGACCCUGCGCGUUUACAGGAGGAGCGCCGGACUCGGGCAAGUAUGCGCGACCGAAUGAUCAAAGGGCAAGGCAAUGGUUAUGGAGAAGAUGACGAAGAUGGUGGAAGGAGCAGCUACGCACCUCCACCUGGAACGCCACCACCACGGAAGGCCAACCGUGGCCCCAAUCGCGAUGAAGACGAGCUCCGUAAGGCAAUCGAAGCAUCGAAAAAGUCUCUUGCGGAGGAACAGGGUCGGAAAGCUGAAGAGACUGACCUUGCCACCGCAAUACGAUUAAGUGAGGAAGAGGAGGCGAAAAGACAUAAGGCCGUUGAAGACUCAAACGCUGAUUCGUUAUUCGAUGACCAAGCGCAAAUAUCCUCACCAAACGGUUCCAACAGCAACAAUCCCUUUCCUUUUAUCGACCCUACUCCAUAUGCAACCGGCUUGCUUCCCCAGGCCCAGAUGCAACCGCAGUACACUGUUCAGCCUCAAUACACGAUGCAACCACAGUUUACAUCAUUUAACCCAUACCAGCAGCAAGCACAGCAGGAAGCAAUGCAGGCAGAGUAUCUGAGGCAACAACAAGAGUGGCUUCGUCAACAACAAGAAGCCCAAGCUCAGCAAUUAGCCCAAGCCCAGCAAUUAGCCCAACAAACGGCGCAGGAGGAGUGGUACCGACAGCAACAACUCCAAGCUCAACAGCAGCAGCAGCAGCAGCAGCAACAAGCCUUAUUCGCGCAGCCGACUGGAUUCGGUUCUAAUAAUCCCUUCGCUCCUGCUUCUUCGCCCAUUCCAGUAUCAUCUGGGACACCUGUCAAUGGCAUCUCUGGACCAUCGUUUAAUCUUCAAGGAACAUACUCCAAUUCGAAUGCACCUUCUUACAGCUCUUCACCUGUGCCCUCACAAGUAUCAGCAUCAACACCUUCCCCGGGCAUCGGCACAUCUACGGGUGCAGGUGCGGGUCGUGGGGGUCCCAGUCGGGCAGAUCAAGAGCACUCGCAACUCGCAAAUCUGUUUGCUAACCGCGACGAUGGACAAGAUACAUUCGGAAAUGUUGGUGCACUGCGCUACGGGCAAACGCAAGCUGGUCAGCUGGCGGCACAGAAGACAGGAUUUGGGGCAAAAAAUAAUCCCUUCCAAUCAGUGCAGCAGCAGCAACAGGGUCAGAACGCAGACCAGCCAUUUUUCUCUAUCUAAGAGGGGCGGAUGGGUGGACGGUGUAAUGUUGAUUUAUCGCUGGAUGAUGACUUGGUUUGUGAAUUUCUUUUUUUUCCCGUUUGUUCCUGCGUGCCUCGGAUUUCUGCUGUUGUAUUUAUUACCUCUCUUCUUUACUUCCUGUGAAAUUUCCCGAUACCAAAUUUUACACUUCUGACAUUGUGCUCA